GUGUCAAUAUCGUGAAUAUUGUCAUUAUCAUUGAGUCAACAUUUAGUUUUUCAAUUUUUAUAUUAAUUUGUGUAAAUAAAACUCUUAGAAAUGGCUUAUUUAACUCAACCAGACUAUAUUAAAUACGUAUGUUCUUGUGGACAGCUGAAACCUAUAACCAAUCUAUAUUUCUGCCGACAUUGUUUGAAGAUACGAUGCGGUUUUUGCAUUUGUCAUGAAGUAGACUCACACUACUGUGCAAACUGUCUUGAAAACAUGCCAUCUUCUGAAGCAAGGCUUAAAAAGAAUCGAUGCAGCAGCUGUUUUGACUGCCCCAGCUGUUUUCACACGCUGUCAACACGAGCAACAAUAGCACAACCACGACAGGAUCCUGCUUCUGGAGAUACAAAAGUUGAGAACAAACAACCAAAGAAAAUGUACUAUUUGUCAUGUUUCAACUGUCGAUGGACUUCUCGUGACGUUGGCAUUCCUGAUCAGCCUGUUGCAUCUGGAGGUUGGCCUGAGAGGACGAAUCCUUUUGCGGCGCGAGUAAACCAACUCCUUGACUACUACAAGGCUAUCGCUCAACAGGAGAAGCAAGAGAAAUUGGACAGAGAGAGAAAGAAGUUUGCAAUUAGAGGGAAAUACAUGAACCUUACAGAUAAAACUGGUCUAACUGGCGCAAUGGCACGGAACAUAGCGGGCCUCGCUUCUAGCGAGAGUUCGUCAUCUGCUAUUGCCAACUUCGUGCCAAGCCAAGCCAGCGAAGAAGUUGAAGAGCUGCCGGAAGACUACCACACUCAGGAGGUUAACUUAAAGCAAAUAACGUCGAUGCGGCAACGCCUGCGCGCGGCGGAGUGGCAACCGCGCAGCGCGGCGCGCCUGCACCCCGCGGCGCGCGCGCUCAGCGUCAAGCGCAGCCAGCGCUGCCGCGUGUGCGACCACAACCUCACCAAGCCCGAGUACAACCCCGGCUCCGUCAAGUUCAAGAUCGAGCUGCUCGCCUUCUACCACGUUCCCGAAGUGAAAAUCAUCUCGUAUGAAACCGUGAAACCGGGAGAGACUACAGCUUUACUCAUAAAGUUGACCAAUCCAACCGCUCACGAGAUGCAGCUGCGCCUGCUGCAGCCACAGGAUAUCCCUGAAGUCGAGGAGAAGGAGGAACCCAAGAGCAUCGAGAAGUCACUUGAGAAAUCUCUUAAUAUAGAAAAGGACAUGUCGUGGAGCAAGGUGGUGGCGCGGCGGGCGGCGCUGCCGACGGACUGCGAGGUGCUGGUGCCAGACGUGCGCCUCACGCUGGCGCAGCGGGACGACGCCGCCGAGUACGACGACGACCCGCAGCACGACACCAGCGAUAUCAUAAUGUGGCGCAAGUCGAACAAGCUGGCGCUGCGGCUGGCGGUGCGCACGAGUGCGCGCGCGUGCGGGGCGGCGCGCGCGGCGCUGGCGCUGCAGUACUCGUACCGCAACACCGUGCCGCCCGCCGCCGACCACACGCUCCACACCACGCUCGUGCUGCACCUGGGCUCCGUCGCCGAGUAGACCCAUGCGCGUAGGCUGGUUUCAUUUUCGAGCUUGCAUAUGUAAUGUACUGUGUAAAUGGUUGUUUCAAUCGUUUAUAAUUAAAUUAAAAAGAACCCUACUAAGAAAUAUGUGUUAAAGAAACUGUAGCGUUAAGUUAUAUUUAGUUUUAUACCGUGCUUGGAUAUGUUUAUUUAUUGUUUGGGUGUUAUGGAACCAAUUGUUGUAAUGAAAUUUGAAAUCAUUCAAAAUGAUCCAUUUAUUGAAAUUAUUUCAUAUUAAGAGGAUGAUAUUUUAAAUUAAAGAUUUACGUCCUUACUUAUAAAUGUUGAGCUUCUUGCAAAACAAAUUACCAACAAACAACAUUUAUAGAUACAAUUUACUACUGAAUUGUGAAAAGCAAUGAAUUGUGAUUACAAUAAUUAAUUUCUAUUUGGCAAUUACGUAUUUUCAAACACAAAAGACAUAAUUAUUUUUUGUAACAUAACCUAACUUAGUAUUUGUCAGGAAUGUUUAUUUGCAGUUAAAAUUAUUCUAUUUUAUAAUAUAAAAUAUUUUAUCAUAAGCUUAAAUUAUUAACAUUAAAACCGUAUUGACGUUAAUAAUAGUAUUAAGUUCAUAAUAUUAUUACUUUGAAUAAGAACUAAUAACAAAUUAAUCUCGAAUUUAUUAUGUUUCUUCAUUAAGUAACAACAGCAUCAGAGUUCUGAUAAUUUUGAUUAAAAAAAAUGUUCAAUAAUCUAAACAAUCUGUUAAGCAUUUCGUGAUCAGGUAACUGCUUAUUCUAAGCUAUAAUGGAGGAGAAAUCGUUUUUUUAUUUUUUUUUCGUUAAUAAAUCCUUACUAGGAAAAUGCCAGUGUUACACUCUCGAAACUCGGACAGCACCUAAAAUUAUAACAUACCGCCACAUAAAAAAUAUUUAUUUACUGGUAUUUAAAAUGUAUCAGUAAAAACGGAAGUUUAUUUACACAUGAUGUAACAGUUACAACAAAUGAAAAAUUAUCGUAAACUCGCUCAAGAGCUAAUCGGUCCAAAACUUUUUUUUUAAUACAUUCUUAAAGGUGAAUGAUGCAUGGCUCAACCCAUGUGCACAUUUAUAUUUAUAAGACAGUAACAGCUCUUGAAUGUCCCACUGCUGAGCUAAGGCCUCCUCUCCCUUUUUGAGAAGGUAAUAUUUAUAAAUUUAUGUACAUUGCACCUGACUGCAUUUUUUACCAUACUAAUUUAUUUUGUAUAUUUUUUUAUAAGUUUUAAAAUAUAGAUAAGAUUAUAAAACAGAGGUCAAGUUCUGUAAUCCCUGAUAAUUAAAAAAAAAUAUUUAUACUAAGAAAUUAUCAGUAUAUAGCCUAUACAUGCUUAGUAAUGUUGCAAUAAUAUUUCACUUUUAUAAUAAAAUCAUUAUAUAAACGAUGACCUUAUAUAAUGAUUGAAAGUAUAAAAAUACUUUAAAUUGUA